AGAACGGCAUCGUUUAAGUCCCUCUGGCUCUCGCACACAGACAAGUCGACGAAGACGCUCUCCUCGCAGCUCUUGAUACUGGGAGGGGAAUUCUACGCUGCUGGCCAGUAAUGGCGGCGAUUUCCCUUGAUGAAUAAGAAUUGCACUGCUCAUGAGAUAAAGCAGUCAAAAAUGAGAAGAAAGUGCAGGAUUUGGUGGCCAAAGCAGCUCUCAUCGGCCGAACCGUGCUCCUUUCGUUUCUUGUUUGGGUGGUUCGUCUCCUCUUCUCCAGCUUCCCUUGACAUUGUUGUUGCUUUCGCUUCUGAUGAGCCCUCACUCUCUCGCUGCGGCCACUCUGGUCUCGAGGAUAUUCUCCUUGAAACAAAUAGAAGCAUGCCUACAUUUCUACAGGAUAAAUCUAUGUUUACUUUGCUGGGUCUCUGUGCUGCGUUUCCUAUCCAUGAUGGGCAGAGGAUAGGAGCUCAAAUGGAAGAUGUUCAAGGAAGGUGUUUUGCCCAUGGCUUUGCUUCUGCAGGCAGCAGCAAAGAUACAUCUAGAGAAAAUUGUGGGGGAUGGACAUGUGGGUGCCUAGAUGUCGAUGGAUUGUUUGAUAAUUUUAGGCAAGGUUCUAUUGGAAGCAGUUGGUGGAUUCAGCUGGUUUAUAAUCCCCAAGAUAAUGAUAGGGGAAAAAUUUAUUGGAUUCCUAAGUUGCAUCACAUUCAUUGGAAUGGGCCAGUGAUUACUCAGUGUGAUGUCCACGUGAUAGUUUAUGAAAUCCCCCUAUAUGGUCGUCACCAUUACUCACUAGGAAUUUGGAGCCGUUCGGAGCAAAUGAAUGUUCCUCUCAAGAAACCUAAGUGGGUUUAUCAACUUCACAAAAAACAGAAUCUAAAUGACUUGGAUUCAGUUGUUCUGGCAAUGAACUGCGCUGAUGCAGCUAGCAAAACUUUUGAGGGUCUCGUUGGCAAUAAGACACAUUAUACUAGAAAUCCCAUCAUCCACAAGUGUCUUGGGUCCUUGUGGCUGAUACUGGCUGUUUCCUUGGCGUCAUUGUCCACUUUAUUCUACAUUGUCCUUCAAUUAUUUCACUGCUUUUUGAAUUUUGGAUCACAAACCUGGAUGUACUUAACAGCAGCAAGGUUAUUCAGCAUGACUUGGAUAAAUAUGCAUAUCCGCUGUUGUCAGAUCUUAUAUUGGCCAAUCACUCUUGGACAGAAAAACAUCAGGUCUACUUCGUGUGUGGAGAAUGCAGAGAGAGCUGCACUGCAUAAGCACUCCAUGUGGUCAAGUAUAGGUUUUGAUGUUAUUCUGGGAAACUUGAUUGGCAUGGCACUGUUUGCUAAUGCAGAUUCUGCUUCUUUAUGGGUUUUGAACUUCGCCAAUGAUUUUACAAAUUCGUUAUUGCGUACUGGAUGUGUGUGGUUGAUGGGAGUGCCGGCAGGUUUCAAGUUGAACACUGAAUUGGCAGGAGUUCUCGGGAUGAUUUCUCUUAAUGCAAUUCAAAUUUGGUCUACCCUUUGGAUUUUUGUGGGUUUCCUAUUCGUUUAUUUUGUCAAAGGUCUUGCCAUAUUGGGGAUUCUUUUUGGUUUGUCUGUACCUGCUGCUUUGGCCGCAGACAUGAUAAUGCUUACGACAUUCCAUGUCUCUGCUCUUCAUUGGUUGAUCUCACUGUUGUAUUCACAUCAGAUACAGGCAUUAGCAGCUUUGUGGCGCCUUUUCAGGGGUCGAAAGUGGAAUCCUCUUCGUCAGAGAUUAGAUAGCUAUGACUACACUGUGAAGCAACAUAUAGUGGGAUCUCUUCUAUUUACGUUACUUCUGCUUCUUCUACCAACAACAUCUGUAUUCUAUAUUUUCUUCACCAUUUUGAAGACAGCCAUCAACUUCACCUGUGUAUCGAUUGAGGCCCUUGUAUCUGUCAUCCACGCCAUGCCUUACAUAAAAAUUUUACUUCAGUUGGUGAAUUGGAAAAGAUUUCCUUUAGGAAUGUGGUUUGAAAUUUUAUCUUGUCAGGGUGAUAGCAUCGACUCUUCAGAGUAUUUUUGUGUUGAUGAAAUCAGUUCACCUUCUGAUGAUUCCCAGCAAAAUGAACACACAAGAAGAAAGAAAUCUACUUUUCUGGUUUCAAUUCUCCACAGCAACUUCUUGAGCAUGGGUCAAGUAUUUGUGCCUCACUACCGGAAGGUUGUUUCUUCGGUUUCUACCUCAUUUGUACCUGUUUUAGCUUAUGGAGUUCUAACAGGAAAGAGGAUUCCAUCUUCUUUGGGUACCAGUCUCCCUUCGACAAUGCCAUGGAUGUUCAUCUCAUUUAAGGAUUAUUGGUGUCUCUGCUGCAAUUCGAUUCUUUCAUGCCGGGCAGACUCUGACAGCCAUAUAUUUUGUUGAUCUAAUAACACUUAAACUACAUUUGAUUAUUAUGAAAUUUGGAAUAGUGUUGCUAACAGCUUCUGUUUCAAUUUUAGAGAGUUCAGCCUGGACAUGAGAAUUUUGAUGUUGGUUCUGUAACCAUCCUGAUUAACCGUCUGUCAUAUUUUUUUUUCCCCUUGUGGAAUGCAUGUGUAAUUCUUUAUGACCUUUUUCUUUCAUGUCAAAAUAUUGCUUAUAAAGUUACUCUGUA